AUGAAAAAUACGCUUCCUAUUUUUUAAUUAAUUGAGAAAAAGGUACUUCCUCACUGAAGUUAUUGUUUAACUAAGAUGGGUCGUAUAUUCACAAUAGACCGCUAUUUGCCUUCACCCUAGUUUUUGACAUUGAAAUAAACUGUCGAACUUUUUCAAACGAUUGUUGUCACGCGCCGUUAACACUGCCAGAUGCGAAUGUCCGUCCGCCCCCACAAAUAGCAGUGGAGGGCAAUGUCAUCGUGAACUAGGUCGCGUGCUAUUGUUUUGUUCUGCCGCGCGACGUCUAGCAAAACGUUUGGUUUCACACACAGCACGUCAGUUCGCCCGCGCCAGCUGAGAUUGACAGAACUGACGUAGCGCGUUGUUUGGUGUGAACUGCGAAAUGUCAUCUAAUAUAAUUAGCGAAAAGUUGCAGAUAGAUACGAAACUGAACGGUUUGAGUGCUUCGUUUAGUGAUAAAGGACUGACGCCUCUGAACGGGCGGUAUAAAGCUAAGAGUUUGUCGAGUGAUAAGUUGAAUGAGUCGAACGCGGAUCGGGCGGCGAUCCUGGACGAUGUUGAGGCCCACCACGUCGCCGAGAAGUCAGAAACUCCUGGGUGUUUAGUGCAGAAUAAAGUGAUGGAUCAGGAAAAACAUAACGGGAACGGGUUCAAAGAUGGCAAAGCGUCAUACGGCACAGGCACAGGCACAGACAGUCCAGCGAGAGGCCGGCGGGUGAUAUUCUGUGUGCACGGGAACCCUUCCACAGGGUGCUGCGCUGUCAUAGAGACUGAAGAUGGAGGCGAUCCCCAGCGCAAUGGGAGCAUCGUGGAAGUUGAACGACGACUCCACUGCCACAGAACGAGGAACGAAGAGAUAGACAAACGAGCGAGGAGAAAACUCAUCAUAGCCAGUAUAUUAUGCGUCAUAUUUAUGUUAGGAGAAAUUAUAGGUGGCUACUUAUCGAACAGUCUCGCUAUAGCGACGGACGCUGCCCACCUUCUCACGGAUUUCGCCAGUUUUAUGAUAUCGCUGUUUUCUAUUUGGGUGGCCAGUAGGCCGGCUACUAGAAGAAUGCCCUUCGGCUGGUACAGAGCGGAAGUAAUAGGCGCCCUUACCUCAGUCCUCCUCAUCUGGGUGGUGACCGGUAUCCUAGUAUACAUGGCCGUUCAGAGGGUCAUAUAUCGGCAGUUCGAGAUAGAUGCUACCGUCAUGCUGAUCACUUCUGCUGUCGGCGUGCUGGUCAACCUCAUUAUGGGCUUGACGCUGCAUCAGCACGGGCACAGCCACAGUGGCGGCGGUGGACACGGACAUUCGCAUGGAGGCAACAACCCUGUUCUUAAUAAUAAGGAUCGUACCAGCGAGUCUGACGUGGAGAGCUCGUCGUCUCACCAACACGACAGAGACAACAGAGAGAACAUCAACGUGCGAGCAGCCUUCAUCCACGUUUUAGGAGAUUUCCUACAGAGUUUCGGCGUUUUGGUUGCUGCUAUCGUCAUUUACUUCAAGCCGUCAUGGGACCUGGUGGACCCGAUCUGCACGUUCCUGUUCUCGGUUCUGGUGCUGUUCACUACCUUCAACAUCAUCAAGGAAACCCUGCUGGUGCUCAUGGAGGGCUCCCCUAGAGGACUAGACUUCCAGGAGGUGGCGAACACGUUCCUAACUCUGCCCGGCGUCGUUCGUGUCCACAAUCUGCGCAUGUGGGCGCUAUCACUCGAUAAAACUGCCCUGUCGGCCCAUUUAGCCAUUCGCACCGGAGUGAGUCCACAGAAAGUCCUAGAACAAGCGACGCGGCUGGUCCACGACAAAUACAACUUCUUCGAGAUGACGCUCCAGAUCGAGGAGUUCAGCGACGGCAUGGAGUCCUGUGGCCAGUGCAAGAUGCCGCAGGCGUGAGUCCCUACUGUUGUUGUAAAGUAGACUUGCCUACUCCAUUGCCGAUGUUGGCUGACCAUUCGUUUAUUUUUAAGCCGUUAAAAGGCAGGACAUUUACAGUACCUAGUUUGUGUUACAAGGGAUCAAAAUGAUAUAUUUCCGUCAAGGGCGUACAUUUGUUAACGCCUAACGUUAAGUGUUAACACCCAAGACGAAAUAAUUUUGAUACCGUGUGACACAUACUGCUUUUCACAUCAACUAUGAGGAAAAUAAAAAAAAUCUUAGUGUUGACACAAAUGAUUAUGUUUCAAAAUAUUAUUCAAGCUAAAAAAAGAAUGCAAAAAAUAACAAAAACAGUGUCCUAGAACAGAAAAGUGCCACUUUGAUCCCCCCUAGCAGGGAGGAAAAGUGCCACUAUGAUCCCUCCUAGCGGGGAAGAAAAAGCCCUUUUCCGAAUAGGUGAUGUGAAAAGAGUAUUGUUAUCACUGUAAAAUGGCGUUGUCAUUAGUUCAAUAAUUGUGACUUUCCAUACCAAGACCUUUCUCUAUCUUUAUGCUUCUUCGCCUUUAUAUCAGAAUUUCUGUUGGAAUUUCAGAUAAAAAGAACCAUAUUGCACUUGAAGCAGAACCCUUCUGUGAUGGAAAGCCAUAAUUUAAAGUAUAUCGUAUUGUAGUUGAAAUAAAGUCCAAUUCAAUAUACACUCAUUAGUCAAAUUGAAGUUCUAGCGUCGAAACGAAAGGCAAUGUAGAAGGAUAUUGAAACAGGAGUCUAAAAUAAAUAUUUAGCAUGUCUAUUAACAGGGGUCGCUUAAAUUUUGAACUUAAAACUAUUUUUAUUUUAAAGAAGAGUACAUAAUUUGAAAAAAAUAUAGACACUAUUUGUCCUGUCAGUUUGAGAUUAGCUGAAAAGCAACUGGGCCGAUUUUGAUUCAGUUGUCUUAUUUUCACAAAUCUGUGCUUUAUUUUAAUCUUAAUUUCGACCGAAACGAGGGCGACUCCAACAAGCUAUUUUUAUUUGGUCGCGAAUCGCAAUAAAAAAAGUAGCAAUUUCCUUAACGACAUUGCUUUUUGGUUAAAUUUACAUUUUAUGUAAUUAUUACGAUCCAGUUAAAGUAUGGAAGUUUUAAGCCUUUUUACGUAAAUCCGAAUUUAUGAUAAAUCAGUAUUUAUUAUUACAUAGAUUGGUAUAGUUGAAAGUACUUAGUAUCAAAAUUGUAUUUAGUAUUGUAGCUUACAAGCCAGACCAAUAAUUUUCGUACUAAGUUUUCUGCUUGUAAAAGGCAACCAGGAGAAUUUGAAAAUCAUAAUUCAACAUGAAUACAAAAUAUUCAUGCCUUAUUUAUAUACCGAUUUAUAUUUGUAUGUAUUUAUUCAAAAUUGUAUUCAAAUACUUGUGUAUAUACCUACAAGUACCCAUCAAAAAACUAUGGAUACCAAAAAUAUGAGCAGGUUUAUAUUGUAUUUUAGCGCAAUUUUUACAUGUGCAUGAGGUGAUAUUAUAAUGCCUUUGUUGAUAUUAUAAUGAUUAGCAAAAUUGCUCAAAUACCUAAAAGCAAUAACCACUUUAUUAUUAUCUAGAUAAUAUAGAAAAAUGUAUGCGUUAAAAAUAAUUCUAGUUAUUAUAGGAAUAAACUAGUUCCUAUCGAUGUUAUAGAAACAAUGUAAAUAUAUUACUUCUUAAUAAUCAAGAAACAGACCAGACUGUGCAAUCAAAUAAAAAGGCCUUUGCUAGUAAUAUUAAUAAAGUAAACUUAGAUGAAAAUUUAUCUCUAAAGAGAUAUAAGUGUAUCUACAAAGUUCUAAAAUGUAAAAUGUGCCUUAAAAUACUAGAAAUAGAAUUCAUGAUUCUGAUUAUUUCCGUCACGUCCACAGAUCGCUUACGCUUAAAGAUUUAAAAUGAAGUGUGCAAAAGAGAGAGGCAGACUAUAAACGAAAAAACAUGAGCUUCACAGCGGCCGCCAACGGCCGUUUGCCUCCGCGGUUAGUGGAUUGGAAAAUAAUGUAAGGUAGGGUGGGGUGAGUCUAUCGCCGGGGUAAGACUAUCACUUGUAUGCAAUCCUCAUACUGUUUGUCUUGCUCCGAGCAAAAUAAACUACAUAUGUUAGUCUUACCCCCACCAUACCUUAAAGGUGUAUUUAGAGGAUACAGUGGGUGAUUGUAACUUGGGAUAUACUGUUCAAAAAACAAAUGGUUCACGCAGUCACAUAUUUUAUAUGAAUUUGUGACAGUCCGUCAAAAAGGACCUUAUGGCGGUCGGCGCUUACGCCAUUGUUAAGGGCGCGCUAAUACUAAUACGUAAUACGCCAUAAGGUCCCUUUUGAUGUGGACUGUCACAUUGAAUACCAUCAAUGACACUUGACAUCAUUCCAACUUUGGUCGCACUUUUGUUAUAUGACAGGCAAUCUUGUACAGUCACCACUAGCGUCCCCCAAGCCUCGGCGUCUAGCCAACUCUGGCUGCUGCUCGACGCAACGUUGGCGCAACUGCGCAGCGACGCCAUUUUCCAUACAGUUGACUAGACGCCGAGGCUUGGAAGUUGGGAGACGCCAGUAUGGGGUGGCCUUAGAAGCACUGGUUUAUACAUUUUUAGAAUUAUAUUUCAUGUCAAGUCUGCGUCUUUGCAUGUAUAGAACACACGUUCUAAUGUAUAAUUAAUGCCUAUUUUGAAUUAAUUGUAUCAAACUAUAGUAAAUAAUCUAAUUUAUAUGAAUUUUAAUUAUAGUUAUUAUGUAAGUACCCUUAGAAGGAACUGAGUCUUCCAAAUGCAUAAGCAAACACGUGUAAUGUAUUUCAACAGAAAAUAUAUUUUCUGAAGUUA